UGAGAUAGAGAAAGCACAGACCAUUUUAAGGAAUGUACUGUAUAAUGCACGAUUGCUAUCUUAACUAGUACGUGCCUUCCAUUCAUGAGCCUAAUAAGGGUCUCUUGUUGCUGGACAGGAAAACGGAUGUGACACUCAGUGACUUAGGUGAGAGAAACACUAAAUACAAGGGAUCUAUCUGGAUUCUGGUCUUCUACAACCCAGGACACACUGCAACAAUCUUGGCAUGGGGUAAAAGCCAUAACAAGAUAAUGAAUAUUUAAAGAAAGAAUGAUCAGCCUGACUGGCUAGGGUCAUGGAUACAAUGUGCAUCUGAGGCAUCAACAUCAUUCUCUAAAACGUGAAUAUGUCUGUGAGAAUAUCGAUCAUCCUACUGACUUGCAUCAUAGGAUCUACCUGGAGUUUCCCUGCACAGCAGAUGACCACCCCAGCACUUGCAGGAGGAUCGCUGGAACCGAUGGAGGCAGCCAGGAAAGCGUGUCUGCAGAGUUACUGCGCAGCAGGAAGUGUGUGGGCGGCUGUGCAGGAAGGAAGAGCAGAUGACAUAACAGCUGCCAAAGGAGUUCUGGAAAAAAGAAAGAAAUCUGACCCAGGUGAUAAAAAACCUGAAGCCUCUCGGGAUGUCUUUACGCAGAUAACUGAGGCAAACAAAGGCAAUAUGGCUCUUACAGAAGAGGGAGAUAUUCUCAUAAAGAUACAUCGUAGUGCCACCACUUCAGAUUAUCUUUGGCCUAAGUCUGCUGAUGGAACUGUCGUGGUGCCUUACAUCUUCUCCCACAACUACAGUGCCGGCGAGUUAGCCCUGUUUGAGAGUGCCAUGCAGGAGUUUGAAACCUUAACCUGUGUGAGAUUUGUACCUCGGACAAAACAAAGGGAUUUCCUAAACAUCAUGUCUAAUGGCGGCUGUUUAUCAAUGGUUGGAAGAAAUGGAGGGGCACAGAGGGUUGAACUGGCUUCAUAUGGCUGUAUGAGCAGAGGAGUUAUCCAGCAUGAACUAAACCACGCCCUAGGCUUCUACCAUGAGCAUAUGAGGAGCGACCGGGAUGACUACAUCACUAUUAUCACUGAAAAUAUCUUACCUGGCUAUGAAAACUAUUUUAAGAAACGCAACACUAAUAACUUGGGAAUAAAAUAUGACUUUACUUCAGUGAUGCAUUACUCAAGUAAUACAUUUAGUAUCAGCCCAGAUAAAAGCACCGUUGUUCCCAAGUCUGACCCAUCUACUCCGAUUGGACAAAGGCAUGGGCUGAGUAUUCUGGAUAUUUAUAAAAUUAAGAAGUUGUAUCAGUGUGAUGUGUGUGCUAUUCUGCUCCCUGACUCCACUGGGACUAUGACUUCUGACAACUACCCAUCUGUAUACACUGAUAAUGCCAGCUGUGUUUGGUUAAUAAGAACCCCAUCUGGGCAGGUGACCCUGCAAUUCCAAGCCUUUGAUAUCCAAUCAUCUCCAGGCUGUGUGUCUGACUACAUUACCAUCUAUGAUGGUCCCAGUAAGACGUACCCUGUGUUAGUGGACAGGGCAUGUGGUACCGGAGUGAUUCCUCUACAGAUUGCCUCCACUAACCAGAUGCUGGUUGAGUUUGUCAGUGAUGGGGCAGUUACUGGGACUGGCUUCACAGCAACAUACAGCUCAGUUCAAUGUGAUGGAGCUUUCUAUGUCUCAAAUAAAAACAUCACUACUCCUGGCUACCCUGAAAAUUACUAUCCUAACCUUGACUGCACCUGGACAAUCACAGCGCCUACUGGGUACAAGAUAUCACUGCAAAUUAAUGAAUUCAAUCUCGAGAUUGGAAUUUUCUGCAUAUACGACUAUCUAAAUAUUUACAACACAACCCGUGGUAAAGUUAUGGGGCCUUACUGUGGCCCUAUAGACUUCUAUUAUCCGUUUGAGUCUACAGGGAAUUCCAUGGUGCUCAAGUUCCACAGUGAUAGUACCACGGAGAUGUCAGGUUUCAGUGCUACUUAUACAUUUGUGCCAGAAAAGAAAGGAAGGAGAAUGAAAGCAGAUACUGAUGCCACCAUUGCUGACUUUUAUAUCAAAUAUACCUGAGAAGAUAUUUCCAACUCUUUACUU